GAUGUUGCAACUAACAAAAGAAAAAAUCCAUUUCCCGGUAACCAAACCCAGUCGCGAGGGAAGCCAGCGGUCAAAUCAUAUAAUAAGGGAACCUUAUAAGUAGACUAUUCUUCCUCGUAACUAGCACUGGAAGCUUGCAAGAGGGCCUUUCUCUUGAAUAUAAGCAAACAGUUAAUCGCAUAGAAUUGCUGGAAAAAAGCCGAUCAACAAUGGAAAUGGACAUCGACGGCGCCUGUAAACCCGAAGGGAAAGAAGGUGAAGAAGAGAAGGAAAAGGGGAAGCCAAUCGUGGCAAUGUUGGUGGGCGCACCAGGAAGCGGCAAGUCCACUUUUUGCGACAACGUCAUGCGAGCUUCUUCACGUCCCUGGGUUCGCAUCUGCCAGGAUACAAUCAAUAACGGCAAGGCUGGGACAAAGCUGCAGUGCUUAAAAAGUGCAGCUGCUUCAUUGAAGGAGGGCAAGAGUGUGUUCAUUGAUAGAUGCAACUUAGAUAAAGAGCAGCGGCUGGAUUUUGUGAAGCUUGGUGGUCCACAAGUAGAGGUGCAUGCUGUGGUGCUUGACCUCCCUGCCAAGCUUUGUAUAUCUCGCAUAGUUAAACGUACUGGGCAUGAGGGAAAUCUUCAAUGUGGAAAAGCUGCAGCAGUUGUGAAUAGGAUGCUGCAAAACAAAGAAUUGCCUAAGUUGAGUGAAGGGUUCUCUCGAAUCACAUUUUGCCAGAAUGAGGCUGAUGUUCAAGCUGCUGUUAACACCUACACUGCACUCGGCUCUUUGGACAUCCUUCCACAUGGCUAUUUUUGUCAGACGAAUCCAAAUGCCAAAACUCAAGUUAGCAUAUUAAAGUUCUUAAAGCGACCACAUGAAACAAAUAGUCAGGAUUCUGUGCCUUCUCAACUUAUUAAGGGUAAGGGUCCCUGCAGCAAAUCACAAGAAACUGUUUCAUCAUUGUCAGGUGCAGCUAGUCAGAAGAUAAAGGUCAGUGAAGACCCAGUGGCAGGUUUUAUUAGUCAGCAUGAUUAUGAUGUUCCUACUCUGGCAUUUCCGUCUAUUUCUACAGCAGAUUUCCAAUUCAAUCUUGAGAAAGCAUCUAACAUUAUUGUUGAGAAAGUAGAGGAAUUCAUUGAUAAACUUGGUAAUGCCAGGCUUGUUUUAGUGGACUUGAUUCAUGGAUCAAAGAUUUUGUCCUUGGUUAGGGCUAAAGCUAUAGAAAAGAACAUUGACUCCAGAAGGUUCUUAACGUUUGUAGGAGAUAUAACUCAACUGCAUUCAAAGGGUGGUUUGCGCUGCAAUGUAAUAGCUAAUGCUGCCAACUGGCGCCUGAAACCUGGAGGUGGUGGGGUAAAUGCUGCAAUUUUCAAUGCUGGUGGUCCUGCUCUAGAGGCUGCAACCACAGAUCGGGCUAAAUCUCUUCUCCCAGGGAAUGCCCUGGUUGUUCCUCUCCCUUCAAUUUCUCCUUUGUAUAGUAAGGAAGGGGUGACCCAUGUGAUCCAUGUACUUGGACCAAAUAUGAACCCACAUAGACCAAAUUGUCUUGACAAUGACUAUACCAAAGGCUGCAGAGUUCUUCAAGAUGCUUACUCAUCACUGUUUGAAGGAUUUUUAUCCAUUGCUACUGCCCAAGUGAAGUUUCCCAGUAGAAGCAGUCAAAGUAUUCAGUUAGAGCUUUCAAUACCAGAAGAUAAAACUGAGAAUAUUCUUAGGAAUCAUUUUUCACAUAGUGAUCAAGAGAUUAAAGAAUAUGGCAACUAUGAAUCUGACAGAAGUAAGAAAUGCAAGGAAUCUGAAAAUGAAGUUGUUGUUGUCAUGAGCAAAGAACAGGAAAUGGUUUCAUCAUUGUCAGGUGCAGCUAGUGAGAAGAUGAAAGUAAGUGAAGAGCCAGCGGCAAGUUCUAUCAGUCAGCGCGGUUGUGAUGUUCCCACUCUGGCAUUUCCAUCAAUAUCUACAGCAGAUUUCAAAUUUAACCUUGAGAAGGCGUCUAAUAUUAUUGUUGAGAAAGUAGAGGAAUUCAUGGAUAGGCUUGGUGAUGCCAGGCUUGUUUUAGUGGAUUUGACUCAUCGAUCAGAGAUUUUGUCCUUGGUAAGGGCUAAAGCUGCACAAAAGAACAUUGACUCCAAAAGAUUCUUCACAUUUGUAGGAGAUAUAACUCGACUUAAUUCAGAGGGAGGUUUGCACUGCAAUGUAAUAGCUAAUGCUGCCAACUGGCGCCUGAAACCUGGAGGUGGAGGUGUGAAUGCUGCAAUCUUCAAUGCCAGUGGUUCAGCUCUAGAGGCUGCAACCAAGAAUCAGGCUAUGUCUCUUCUUCCAGGGACUGCUGUGAUUGUACCUCUGCCUUCAAUUUCUCCCUUGUCUAGUAGGGAAGGGGUGACCCAUGUAAUACAUGUUCUGGGACCAAAUAUGAACCCAGAGAGACCAAAUUGCCUUGAUGAUGACUAUAUCAAAGGCUGCAAAAUUCUUCAAGACGCUUACUCAUCACUCUUUGAAGGGUUUUUAUCUAUAGCUAAGACCCAAGUGAAGUUUCCCAAGAGAAGCAGUAAAAGUAUUCUGUCAGAGCCUUCAGUACCAGAAGAUAAGAUUAUCGGAACUAUGACUAAAACCUGGGCCCCUUGGGUUCAAUCUCUAUAUAACAUUGCAAUGCAGCCUGAGAAGUAUAAGGAUGAAGUGCUGGAGGCAUCAGAUGAUGUUGUUGUAUUGAAUGAUAAGUAUCCAAAGGCAAAACAGCAUCUUUUGGUGUUGGCAAGAUUUGAAGGUCUUGAUUGCUUGGCAGAUGCACGUAAAGAGCACCUUCAGUUGUUAAUGACAAUGCAUGCUAUAGGUUUGAAGUGGGCUGAGAAAUUCUUGCAUGAAGAUGCAUCAUUGGUCUUCCGCCUUGGAUAUCACUCGGUCCCCUCAAUGCGGCAACUGCACCUGCAUGUUAUUAGCCAAGAUUUUGACUCCAAACAUCUCAAGAAUAAGAAGCAUUGGAACUCUUUCAAUACUGCCUUUUUCCGUGAUUCUUUAGAUGUGAUUGAGGAAGUUAGUAAUCAUGGAAAAGCAACAUUACAAGAUGAUAACAGACUGAUGUCAAUGGAGUUGCGUUGCCACAGGUGUAGAAGUGCACACCCUAACAUGCCCAGACUAAAAUCUCAUAUCAGCAACUGCCAAGCUCCUUUCCCUGCUGCCCUACAGGAAAAUGGCCGUCUAGUGCUUGCGCAAAGUAACUCUGGCUGCGACCCCUAGGUGUUUGUAGACCAUUUCCCUCAGAAUUUUGCUGUAUAUAGAAUGAAAAUCAAUGGCUAAAAGUAUCAAAUCUUGCUCACUUUUUAGAUCCGGAAAUGAAAUGCCUGUGAAUAAUGCCUCUAUUUCUAGUUAUGAAGAACAAAUGGAGAUGGGGAAGCCCCAAAAAAGGUUCUCUCGUAUUCA